UCAGGAAGCUGUCACUGGCCACGUGGCCCUGAACAAAGGGCUCCUCUGUGACCUAGAGCGAAGGCCUGCCCUGCUGCCUCCCGAGCUCUGGUGACGGGGACUGGAAGGGUGUCCUUCCUGUCCCUGCACCCUGUCCCAGACACUGGAGGAACUCAGUGUGUGCUGACAAGCAUGGGGGAGGUCCUAACCCUGAGUGUUGUGGGGGUGAAGGGGACCAAAGAGCCACAAGCAGGUAACGCCUCCUCUGCUGCCUGCUUGCUGGGAACACCUCCACUUCCUGCUUCCAUCCCAGCCCAGGCACAGGGUCCCAGUCACUCCGUCCUCAGGACUCCAACGGCCUCAGCACCAGUUCAGUGUCCUGUGCCGAGACGUCGAGGUGCCACACGGUAAGCAUGGACUGCUGUGUCCAUAGGAACAGCGGCAUCCACGCCACGUGGCCCGUGUGGGCCACCUGGUCAGCACUCACGGCCCUCAACCCAGCCGUGCUCGCCAUCACCAUGUUCGUCUCCACGAAGGUGGGAUCAACUGAGCAGACGGACAACACCAGCUCCUGGAGUCCUGGGCCAGGUCCUGAGGUCUCAGCCUGGUGCCUGGGAAGUGGGUUUGCCCCUGAGCAGCCUGCGCUGGCUGGAGGAUGCCCAGGGCCCCAGGUGAGCAAUGCCUGCUCCUUACCUGAGCCGCCCCACCCUGCUCAUAGACGUGGAGGUGGCACUCCUGCCCAAGGAGGAGCUGGGAGCCCCGGCGCCGGCAGUGACACAUCACUGAGACAGAAGGAGGGCAGGUCUUGGCAUUGAGUCUGGAGGCAUGUGGCCCUGCUCAGCGUGGCUAGGCUGAGCCCUAAGGCUACAGUCAACUCACAAAUGCCUGAGGCCGGCAAGGAAACAGCACCUUCAAGACACCUCAGUGCCAUGUGCUGGAAAACCAUGCCCUUAUACACACAAGUCUAGAAUG